UGUGUUCAGUCAGAUUGCAUCAUGCUUCUACAAGACUUUUACUGGUCCUUAAUAGAAUUUCUUAUUUUGGCCAGUUCUGGGUCUGCCUGCGAAAACUCACCAGGCAUAUGUGGGGCCUGGGCAGAUGGGGAUAUACGGAUAGGAGUGCUCAGUUCCUGCCAUUCUACAGUACAGACACUAAAUGUGCGAGAACGUCCCGAAAAAUACAACUGCACAGAAUUAAAUCUAAUUUCGCUUGUAAGGACUCUAGCUGUUGUGCAUACUAUUGAAACGAUCAAUAACUCCAGCUUCCUCCCGGGUGUGCGACUGGGCUAUUACAUCUGUGACACUUGCUCUGAUGCAUCAAAGGCCAUUCAGAGCACCGAGCAGCUUCUCGCUGUGAAUGGCACACUGCCUGUCCAAUGUGAGGUGCUUGAAAGGCCUAAUGUAAAAGCAAUCAUUGGAGCACGUUUCUCAGAAGACUCUCUGGCAGUGGCUCGGCUUCUGAGUCUAUACAUGGUCCCACAGAUAAGUACAACAUCAUCUGCACAAACGCUUAGUGAUAGAGUGCGAUUCCCAGCAUUCCUACGCACAAUUCCAAGUGAUGUUCACCAAACCAAAGCUCUGGUUAAUUUCAUGAAGCACUUUCACUGGGACUGGGUUGGCGUGGUCUAUGGGGAUGAUGACUAUGGGAAAAAUGCCUUACAAAGUUUCUCAGCUGAUUCAGAAGUUGCAGAUAUCUGUCAUGCAUUCAAAGAAGUGUUGCCUCAUUACCUAGCACACAACGAAAUCGACAAAAGGAUCCAAGAGGUGGCAGAAACAAUCCGCUUAUCCGAAGCUAAAGUUGUGGUCCUUAUCUUAAAGGAAGAGCUGGUCUCUAAACUGUUCAAAGAGAUGAUUCGGCAGAACAUCUCGCGUACUUGGAUCGCAAGUGAUGCUUGGUCAAUGUCACGAAAUAUAUCUCAAAUGGAGGGAAUCAACCAAGUAGGUGACAUAUUUGGGUUCACUUUCAUCACUGGUCCCAAUCCCGGUUUUAAGGAGUUUUUGCAGCAGCUGACUCUUUCUCCGGGCUCUGUAAACCACUUUCUUGAAGAGUAUAAACAGUUAGGGAAAGAUACUGGUUUUCUAACAGAAGCUGUUGACAUCAGCAUGACCUACGGCGAAAGGUUAGCUGUAUGGUCCAUUGCUCAUGCUUUGAAAAAUCUUCUUAACUGCAAUGAAACUGAUUGCCCUGGAGAACGGGAUUUUCCACCAUGGAAGCUCCUCAAGGAAUUGAAAAAUAUAAAUUUUACUAUGGAAAAUCAAACCUUCUAUUUUAAUGCAUCUGGAAAUUUUAUGAACGGAUACGAUCUAAUAAACUGGCAACCACAAGAAGCAAGUGGCCAGAGACGAUUUGUUGUUGUUGGAAAUUACAAUCUGACAAAAACGGAAGUUUACAUUAAGGCACCCAUAAUAUGGAGUAACCCAAGCAAUACGGUUCCUGUUUCCAUGUGCUCUGCUAUUUGCCCUCCUGGUACAGCUAAGAAACUUCUCAAAACAUCAUGCUGCCAUAACUGUACACAAUGUUUAGAGGGUACUUACUCUAAUGAAACAAACUUACCGAGUUGCCUUCCUUGUGAAAGUGAUACCUGGUCUUUAAAAGGAUGGACUUCCUGUAAGCCAAAGGAAGAGGAUUACUGGAAAUGGGAUGGGUCUCAUGCUAUAGUUCUACUUACAUUUACUGCAAUAGGUUACCUGUUGUUGUUGUUCACCCUUAUCAUCUUCUUGGUCUUUUAUGGAAAACCAGUCAUGAAACAGGCAGGGGGAACCCUAUGUUUUGUAAUGAUGGUAGGGUUAGCACUCAGCUUUACUAGUGUCAUAUUGUUCAUUGGCAAACCCAAUGUUCACAUUUGCAGGGGUCGACAGAUCUUGUACGCCUUAGGGUUCUCUCUCACAGUUUCAUGUAUUUUGGUUAAAGCUCUGCGCACCUUUGUAUCCUUUCUUCCGCUGUAUCGACAGGACCAUGCUAAAAGGUUUUACAAGCCCCCUGUCAUCAUAACCUGUGUUACUCUCAUUCAAGUCCUCAUCUGCAUCUUGUGGUUGAUAUUUGAUUCUCCAGCUGUAGAGGGGCUUCAGUCUGACCAAAGCAUGAUAAUUACCAUACAGUGCAAUGAAGGUUCUGGAAUUGGAUUUGGCAUCAUGCUUUGCUAUAUUGCACUGCUAGCAUUUGUCUGCUUUUUAUUGGCAUUCAAAGGGAGAAAGGUACCUCAGGCUUUCAAUGAGACUGGACACAUCAUCCUAAGCAUGCUCAUUUAUCUUUUUGUGUGGGUCUGUUUCACCCCUGUAUACAUUGCAAAGGUCAAUGAGCGGUAUUCAAUUCAAGCAGCUGCCAUCUUGGUGUCAUGUUAUGGAGUAAUUUUCUGUCACUUUGCACCUAAAUGGUACAUGGCUCUCUGCAAGAAGAAAGAACAGCUUACUCGAGAGGCAUAUAUUGCAAGAGCCAAUAAUCACAUCGACUUGAUCCCAGAGAUAACACUGGAACCUGAUUUAAUAACGGGGUCACAGAAUACCAUUAACUCAAUUGAUACUGGUUUGGGUUCAAUUAAUAUAGAAUUCCCUUACCAGACAUUACGGAAAAGAACUAGGAGCAAAUCCAUUUGAUAAGUGGUACACACAUUAAUCUUAAAGGUUUAUAUCAUGCCACAUCUAAUUUUCUUUAAAAGAACUUGAAC